AUGGAAGCAAAUAGACCCAUUGAAGGAACAAGCGAUUUAUUCUGCUAUGACUUCGAUUCCAGUUGUCGAUGGCAUAAUAUCGAUAGUUUAUUGAUGAAUGAUGAUUUAAACUGGUUCCGUGGUAAUGGCUUUCUAGAUAGUAAUCGCUUGCAGGUAUCAACAGGAACAUACGUUACACCUGAUGGAACUUAUGGCAUUGUGGCAACUGACCGAAUCAAGACUCCGAAUUCGAAGGCGAUAUUGAUUAGCGAUGUGAUAACCUGCCAGCUUGGGCCGGGAGAACUGCGAUUUAUGUAUUGGAUAAGUCCAGAAGUAAGAUUAACAGUAUGUAUAAAGCGCACCAAUCGACCAUUUUCGAAUGUUGAUUUUUGCACUAGCCCUAUAAGAGGGGGCAGUCCAGGACCUGCACAAAUUAGCAUUGUUGACCCUGGAAAUGCACCAUUUCAGAUUCUGAUCCAAGCUGAUAAUUUCGUGUUUCAUUCUGCUAAUUUGGAAGGCGGUUUUGCCAUUAUUGACAACUUGGAGUAUUAUGGCGAUCUGUGCUCCGAUGCUACUUUGCUUCCGAUUAAUGCUCGAACUCAAGAUUUCAUCACAUCGCAAUUUAUGCACGACGAAAGUGAAUCGACGCAAAAUUCCAGCAUAAAAACCACCUUUACGAUUUAUAAACCAGUAUGUAAUGUACUACAGUGUACUUUCGACAAUGAAGACGAUCAGUGUGACAUAGAUAGUUCAAAUUCACUGUGGUCCGUUGCGCGUACUGAUAUUGACAGGACCUGGAUAGAGAACAACGCUUCUAGCCUGCUUUAUAACCCAGUGGGCUCGUUUCUGUAUAUCGCAGGACCUGUAACAAAGGCUCGUCUUUAUGUUGCACCCUUCCAAUCCACCACUGAUUUCAACUUUGUUUUCGCUUAUUACAAAACUUCAAACAGUUCGAAACUUCGAGCUGUCGCCAAAAUGAGUGAAAAACCUAUGGAGCAAACUAUUUUCAUGGCUCCGACACAGAGGAAACAGACCAAGCGAUGGUAUCGAGAACUGAUUUCUCUAGAAGCGGGGAUAUACGAUUAUAUAGCUAUAGAGAUUCAAAACUUGAAUGACGACGAGCACAUCGGUAUUGAUGAAUUCCUGGUGUUAGAUUCACAAAGGAGGCCAAUCUGUUCUCAGCAGAGGAAUUCCUGA